CGCUCGAUGAGGCUCGAGACUCUCCCGGUCGCCCCAGUGGUGCCCGAUCGGGGGAGAUCGGCGGGGAAGGAGAGGCAGGAGAAGGAAGAGGAAGAAGAGGAGGAGGAGGAGGAGGAGGAGGAGGAAGAGAAUGGGGCGCACGCGCACGAGGGGCGCGCGUUAGCGCAUUCCGGGCACAAACGGAGGAGACGGUCGCGGAGGCACGCGGGGCAAACGCCGUAACGGGGCUGGAACGGGUGUUUCCGGCACCGCCACCCCUCCUGCUCCUCCUCCUCCUCCUCCUUCCACCGCAGAUGCUUCGCCUCCGCCGCUGAUCUCCUCGCCCCCUUCAUCCCACCCGUCGCUUUCUCUUCCCCCCCACCCUUCCCUUUCUUUCUCAACGCGGAGGAAGAAGAAGAAGAAGAAGAAGAAGAAGAAGAUGAUGAUGAGGAUUAUAGUUCGUCGGGCCAAUUAGAGCGGAAACAUGAAUAAAAUAUCUUUUUGGCGGGACCACAAAGGUUUACAUUUUUAAGCCGAAAUAGGAAAGAACAAAAUGGGGCCUGUUUUUUCAAACGAAGCAUGGAGGGAGGGGAGCCCGUCGCCUCGUGCAUUUUUUACCACAUUCUCUCUUCAGUCGCUCACAGUCUCACUCGCGAGUCCCUCUCAGUCCCUAUCGGUCAGGUGCACAUGGGGAGAGAGCGAGCUUCGUUCCGAUACAACAAGUGGCAAUCUAAUGCUCUUCUCUCUCUCUCGUCACCACUGUUUUAGAUUUUAGAAUACUUAGAUUUUAGAAUACUUAAUCAGUUGAAUCCCAUAACACCCAGAAAUGCACUUCUAUUUUAAGAAAAGGACACUGGUCCAUCGAGGACGUUGUGGACCAAGUGUAGGCAAAUAUUUCUGUUCGGACAAUUGGCAGAGUUUGGGUCCGAAGUUGGGCCGCUUUUGUUCUAAUGUGGGCCCAAAUCAGGCCCAUUACUUGGGGAUAAAUAUCGCAACCCCAUGGUGGAUGGACCAGAGAGAGCGACGGACUUAUCCAAAUCCCAGCGGAGGGCAAUUUCGGCAAUUUCGUCCCCUCUAUAUUUUAUCCUCUAUCCAAUCCCUACCCUCCCGAUCUCAAACCCCUCUUCGGAAUCGGAUGGCGACGACAACGGCUCUCUUUUUCUCCCCUAGUCUCAAACUUCUGCCUCGCGCCAUAAAAUCCCGUAAUUCCCUUUAUACCCCCGCCAUUUUCACCAAUUCCCGGUCAGCGCCAUCGUCUUCUUCCUCCCGCCUCCUCCGCCUCCGCCUCCGCCGCCGCGCCGCGGUCGAAGAAGUGGCGGUGGGGGACGCGGAGGGAGCCGCGGCGUCGAAGGAGGGGAGUGUCGCUGCGGCGGCGGCGGCGGCGGCGGCGGUGGAGGAGGAGGAGGAGGAGGAGGAGGAGAAGAGGCGGAAGCUCUACGUGGUGAACCUACCGUGGAACUUCUCCGCUCCCGAUAUUCAGAAGCUAUUUGGCGAGUGCGGCACCGUGAAGGAUGUGGAGAUCAUUAAGCAGAAGAAUGGGAAAAGCCGAGGCUUCGCGUUCGUUACGAUGGCUUCGGGGGACGAGGCGCGUGCCGUGAUUGAUAGAUUUGACUCUUAUGAAUUAACGGGAAGGAUUAUUAGGGUGGAAUUUGCCAAGAGCUUCAGGAAGCCAGCACCACCUCCUCCACCAGGUGCUAGUCUUGUAGAAGAAAGGCAUAAAAUUUAUGUCUCAAAUCUUGCUUGGAAAGCUAGGUCCGUUCACCUUAAAGAGUUCUUCUCUGCAAAAUAUAAGCCAUUAUCCGCCAGAGUUGUUUUUGAGAACGCUACAGGAAGGUCUGCCGGGUAUGGUUUUGUUGCUUUUGCUACAAAAGAGGAAGCAGCGGCUGCUAUAGCUGAGCUGGAUGGCAAGGAACUGUUGGAUAGGCCUGUCCGUUUAAGAUUUCGUCAAAAGGAUGAUGAUAAAACUGAAAGUGCACCAGAAGAGGAAAAAAGUGCCGAAGAGCAGCAUGACGAGUCUUAGAGGCAACAAAUGCACCAUUUUAGUUUUCAUUCUUACCGAAGGGGUCAAGCUUGAAAUGCAUGGGCUAUCAUGUACAGAACCAUGUCAAUUGAGAGGCAGAUAAAGUAAGGCAUGCAAGUGAAAUUCUUUUACUUGUUAUUUAACUUUGUACAUUAAUCAUCUUUCUCAAUCUCCUUGCUAACUUCCUCAUUAUGUAACAUGAGAUUUGAGUAUGGAAGCAUGGUAAUACUUAGUAAGUAUGGUGCGUAUACUUGUUUGCACUCCUUUCUAGUCUUCAGGGAAUCUCUUGCUACUUACAUAAAUAAAAUCUCUUAAA